AUGGGAAAUGCCCAAAGAGCGUUGAUUAUUGGUAAUGAUAAAUACCCAGGAGCAUCUUUACGAAAUUGUGUAAAUGACGCCAAUGGGUUGUCUCAAACUGUACGCCGUCUUGGUUUUGAUGUACAGUGCCGCACGAAUCUGAACAUGAAUGCUAUGGUCUCAGCUGCCAACCAAUUUGUAGAGUCAAUUACAAGGAGUGCCAUUGUUUUAUUCUAUUUUUCCGGUCAUGGUUGCCAAUGCAAUGGCGUGAACUACUUGAUGACAACUAAUGCAGAUCAACCUGGAGAAAGCAAUAUCCAAAACUGUGCUUUAGAUGCUCAAACUUUGAUAGAAGUGAUAUCUAAAAAAAGACCCAAAUUGUUAUUAUUCAUUCUUGAUUGUUGUCGAGAAUAUCUACUGAAUAGAUCGAAUUCAGCGAGUACUUCGUAUGGUAAAUCGAUCAGUUUAAGAAGUGGUCCUGUUCCCAUGAGGGCAGCAGAAAUAAAGACUGACUAUUGGAAUUCAGCAUCGUCAGUGCCAACAAUAAUUGCUUUUUCUUGCACAGAGAGAAUACAGUUGCAAGAGAUUACUCAAAUCAUGGUCAGUAUGGGGCAUAUACAUACCACCUGA